AUGACCAUAAAAGCAGAAUCCUUCCAGUUCGAGGACUACGCCUAUGGGAUGCGAAAGUCUGGCUUCGGCCAUGCCUUGCUCAGCCCAGCCUCCGAUCUCGACGCCUACCCCGGUGUCUGCGGCUUCAUCGACGACAGGGGCGACUGGCAGAGAAUCGUCGACGUGACCAAACCGCAAGAACUCAAAGCCUUUGGCCUAAGCCCCUUCGUAGGACGAACGUGGGAAAAGCGGCGAGAAAGCUCCAAAUGGGGUCCCAGGAUAACGGAAACCGUCAGCAGGGUUGCGAUCUCAACAUCUGCCGCAACUCAAGCCAACAUUCCUGCCACCUUCUCCUCUGCCCACAGAUAUGAGCUUAAGGGGGAGUUUGGGGCGAUCCUCCUGUGCAAUGAUCCGGUCGAGAAGAGAUCGUUUGGGCUCAAAGACCCCUUCAGCACAUGGGCGAACAAGAAUGCCAAGGAUCUCCUGAGGAGGUUCCCUGACAUCAAGAAGAGCGGCGGUUUUUAUGUUAUCACAUCGACCAUAACGGCGAGGGAUAUCCGGAUCACCACUUGGACCACCAAGGGCACAUCGGUUGUCAUUGGGGCCUCAGCUGAGAUUGAUAAUGUUGCGAAGAUUGAUGCUUCGACUGAGUUUUAUGUUGGUGAGACUGCUACGGAGUGGCAUGAGCCACAGGUUGAGUAUUUCCAGGAAGGCGAGAAGAAAGUGUUGUUCUUUGGUGGCGUCUACAUCAAGUACAGUAGACUGUGGCCAUUGCGAGAAAAGGACCAAAAGAAGUGGAGUGGUUAUCGCGGUAGUGACGACGGGAAAGUCAUGAUUGAAGAGGACAAUUACGCAUGGGAUGUUGAAGCUUGCCAGAUUUGA